AUGGUAUUAAUUCUUCCUUUACAGAUACUGAAUAUCAAAUGCAUAGCAUUAAAUGAUGCCAAUGCUGGAGUUUCUGUAGUUCUCAGAACUUUCAAUCUUGGGGACCAAGGUGAUGGGGUUGUUCCUGACCUUACUCGGAUUGUUGGGGCAGUGCUGAGCUCUAUUGGACUUGGGAACCAGACUCUCACUGCUGGUACUAACAAUGUGCUGCCCAAUAUACCAUCCGAUGCUUCUGGUCAGGCCUCCCAAGGUGUUGAAACAGACGAAACAAAUACUAUAGGUGCCAGCAGCCAGACAAGAAAUCAAGUCCCUCCUAUGCAGACAUCUUUGAAUCACUCAUGCCCAUGUCUGCCUCAAUCUUUGCAAUUUCCUAUGACAGGGGGCCCCUUACCUCUUCCUUCACUUCGUAUGCCAAUUCCUGAUUCUUUGAUCACUCUUUGUGAGUUUAUGAACCGCAUGGAGCAGGCAUUAUCACUCAAUGGAUAUCAAUCAAAUCUUUCACCUUCCUAUGUUGGAGAUCCAUUGAGAGUGGAGGCACCAUCUGAUAUGAGGGGAUUGCCAACUCCCGAAGCAUUAGCUAUUGUUGUUCGACAAGCACAACUUCUCAGUGGUCAUGCUACGUCUGCACUUGCUGGGAAUGAUUUUUCCUCUCAAAGCUCUGACAAUGUCAUGACAAAUAAGGAUGUUGUCCGAGAUAUGUCUUCCAGGGAUGAAUGCAGAUUGGUUGUCACUGACAAGAAUAUCCACCAAACUUUUGAGCCACCUAGCAAGGAUCUUGGCAAUAAAUUUGUACAGGAGGUUGUAAAGAGCAAUGGGCCUGAAAUCAUUCAUAGCAGAAGCACCGUCCUUCUUGGGGAUGAGGCAGAGAAAAUUGUGGAUACCUUUGACCUGAUAAGGGUUGUAGAAGAAGCUGACAAUAGCAGCAAUAAGAUCCAGCUUGAUAAUGUCCUAGGCAGCUAA